ACGCCCUUGGUUUUCCCUCCCCUGUUUACACCAAACAAGUUUACAAAUGAUAAAUAAAUUUUACACAGCCUAACAAUUGUUUCUUGUUUUCUGUCCCAAUUUCGAAAAAUUUCUAGAGAAAAUGAUGGAAAUGUCAAUGCCUAUGUCGCCUCCUGGAUCGACGAACAUGACUCCUGGAUGGCCGAACAUGCAUCAUAUGACCAUGCACAUGAACUUCUACUGGGGAAAAGAUGUCCUCAUUCUUUUUCAAGGAUGGCCUAAGGACAAUCUUGGCAUGUACAUACUUGCUCUAGCUUUUGUGUUCUUUCUGUCUGCAGCUAUCGAGGUCUUGUCAAUUCCUCAUGCUGUUAAGCCAGGUUCGAGUCCAAUGAUUGGUUUGUUGAUCCAGGUGACUGUGUAUGCUGUGCGGAUGGCUCUUGCUUACUUGGUUAUGCUCUCUGUUAUGUCGUACAACCUUGGAAUAUUUAUUGUCGCGGUUGCAGGCCAUGGUGUUGGCUUCUUGUUGGUUAAGAUCCGAGCUCUUGCAGCAGCUGCAGCUGCUAAUCAGGCUGGUCCUGAUCCUAAAGUUUAAUAAACGUCAAGAUGUGACAUUUUCCUGCACUCUGAUUAAUGAGGCUUGAGCACUGGAUUCAACAAUUUUUCUUUUUAUCUGCUGUAUUUUUUGUUUAUGUUUACUGUUUAGGUAUGUCUUCUAACCUCGUUCCAAAAUUUUUUGUUAAAAAAACAGUUGUGUCCAAUAGUUUUUUUAGCUUCACUAUUUACUGAUAUGCUGUUAUCCAUGGCUAGUCACUAGCCAUCUUGCUUAA